UUAUUUAUUAAAAAUAGCUAGUAAGACAACUUUCAAUCGCGCUGUUGUAUAAAAGUAAUGACUGCAAAGGAGAACGAGGGGCCGGUCUUUGUGAAGGGCGAAAAGGUCCUCUGCUACGAGCCCGACAGCAAGAAAGCAAGCGUGCUGUACGAAUGCAAAGUUCUUUGUGUAUACGAGCGCAAGGAUAAACAGGGUAAUAAGUACUACGAAUAUAAGGUUCAUUUUCAAGGAUGGAGCAGCAGUUGGGAUCGGGCAUUCAAAGCUGAUUAUUUGCUUAAAGACAACGUCGAGAAUCGUCAGUUGCAACGUGAGUUGGCAGAAGCGGCACAACUACAAAUCGGUGGCUAUUCAUACAAGGACACAAAGACGCCAACAGCUCCAGUGAGUAAGAAGAAGCGUUCGGGAAGAGCUGCAGCGUCAGAACACGGCGGCGAGAAGCACGAAACUGAUCCGCUUGAAAUAGCACCGACUAGAAGUCGACAAUCUCAGCACCACCAGGCUCAGCAGCACGAACUGCCGCGAUCUCAGAGGUCGACGAGUGGUGGCAGUCGUUCCCGAGAUAAUAGCGGGGGACGCAAAUCACAGGCAACGGCGCACGGUAAUGUGACAAUGAAAGGAAAGCGAGGUAAAGUGCGGGCUGAAGACGCAGAAGGCCUUGACGCAUCCAUGGAAUCGAUUAAUCAUGUAGAACAGGAGGAUCGCGUGAUGUUGCGCAUUAGUGAGCGACUGCGCGAGUACAUGGAAUACGACUACAAUAUGGUCGUAAAGUUUGGUAAGCAGCAUGCGCUGCCCGCUCGCAUGCCCAUCGUCUCAAUACUGGAGAGCUUUGUAAAGCAACGUGCCGUGGAGUUGGCCCUCAGCAUCAAGCAGGAGAGCCAACGGGCGCGCAACACAAAGGGCCGAUGUGUGCACAGACAACGGGAGUUCGAACGAGUCAUGUCCAUAGUCUGUCUAAUUAAGGAGGUGGUUGAUGGCUUGCGCAUAUAUUUUGAGUUUCUGCUGGAAGAUCAACUGCUGUAUAAGGAGGAGAAACCAUACACAUAUGCCUAUCUCACCGAGGAGAACAUGAGAAACUGCAGCGAUAUUUUAAACAAGUCCUUUGACUAUAUUAAUCCUAACUGCGAUACUGACCUGAUAGGACUGGACGGCGCGCUGGGGGAGGUAGGCGUGGGUGAUGUCAGCACAACAAAUGGCGACGGUCUUGCUGACAGCGUAUUAGCUCAAAUCGACUAUGAAAAACAAUUGCAAAAGUGUUUGGAGUACAUUGACAAACAUUCUGGAAAGAACAAUAAUACCAGUGCGUACAAGAAUAACACCUACUUCGCUGCCUACAAUUUGCCUAUAGAAAUGCGUGACUUUCUGUUUGAAACAUUUAACUGGCGUCUGCUAAAUGAUAAAUCCCCACCGGAAAAGUCCAUGGUCUUUGGCGCGCCACAUUUGGCACGACUGCUAGUCAAAUUGCCGGAAUAUUUAAAUGUUUCACCCAUCAGCAAUGAAAGCCUUGGCGAGUUGUUGCCACAUCUCGAUACAUUUAUCAACUACUUGGAAAACCAUAAGGAAUGGUUCGACAAAGAGAACUAUAUGCACGACACACCUCAUCAAGAGCAGCUACAAAUGGAGCUGCUUGAGUCGCUCGACCAGAACCACGAAUCGUCUGCUAUAGCCUCAAACUGAAAAGCGCACCGAAUAGUUUGAUUUAAAACACAAUUAGUUCCACAUUGGAACAUCAAGAGAGGCCGCAAGAACCGAACUGCUCUGGUUGCAGUUCAUUUAAUUAGGUUCGCAAGCACAUCCAUACAUUAGCAAUAUGCGAGAAUUCCGACUGAAGUACGAUUACGCUUUAUUUUUAAUGUGUGGGAAUUUCGCAGUGCUGAAAGCAAAUGUAUUUGCCUGCAUAUUUAAAUUAAUAAUGAUAGUACGUGCGAUUGAUCUUUUUAAUAUUAUUUUAUUUAUGCAUUUUAAAGCUUGUUUUUUUGUUUGUUUAAGAAUUGUAAUUGUCAUUUUGGUUUUAUCUACACACUUGUAAAUAACGCGCUCUUAUAAAAAAGUUUACAUAUGUAUCUAUGUAUUAUCGAAUAUAACUAGUUCUAAAUGUUAAAUAUGGGAAAUGUUCGAUUCAUAACGUUUUUCCCUUCUUUCUAAUGUUAAAUUAGAGUUGAGUAAUUUUACAUGCUAGUAUUUUUUUUUUUUUCCUCUUUUUUGUCCUGCUCAUAUUUAUGUACCAAAUAAGGUUUAUAACAUCAUUAGUAUAAGGUAUAUGCUGCAAUAUAUGCCAAUAUCAAUGUAAUUAUGUCUACAAUCGUACUUAUAAGCAAUUUUGUUUAUGGAGGUUCGUGCAUUUGGAAAACUAGACGGAAUUGCCUGCUGCACACAUUUUUUGUGACUCGCAUUGCUCGAUUCGUAUGCACCAUGGUACACACUUUUUUAGUUCCGAAUACUCUUCUAAUGGAUUGGAAUGUAUUAUAACGUUAAGAGUCAAUCGUUGGACCCGUCUAUAAACUCGCAGGUAUGCAGUCUCAACUACACUACAUACAAAUAUUUUUAAAAAUAUCAAUUUA